AAAAACCAAAAGCCAAAGUGACUAUCAAACCUGUUCAACAUGUAUUCAGUGGAGACACAGUCACUCUCAGAUGUGACAUAUAUGAUGAAGGAGUCACUAGAUGGCGCUACAGCUGGUAUAAAGAAGGUUUAAUUGGUGUUUUCAGUGAACUACAGGAACACACAUUCAGUUUGACGCAGAUGUGGUACACUGUCAGUUCUGCUGCUCUAAAUCACACAGGAGUUUAUGUGUGCAGAGCAGAGAGAGGAAAACCAGCCUAUAACACACAGUACAGCAACACACAGUUAAUAUGGGUCACUGGUGUUUCUCCUCCAGUGUCUCUGAUCAUCAGUCCCAACAGAACUCAACACUUCACAUAUGACUCUGUCUCUCUGAGCUGUGAGGACCAGAGAGACUCUACUGGAUGGAGAGUAAGCAGAUAUAUGGACAGAUGGGGGCUGGAAGAUUGUUCAUCAUCAGAGUCGGGAUCACAAACAGGAUCUACAUGUACAAUCAGAUGCACCAUCAUAUGUGACACUGGAGUGUACUGGUGUGAGUCUGAAUCUGGAGAGAAAUAUCAUCCUGUUAAUAUCACUGUACACUCUGGUGUGAUUCUGGAGAGUCCUGUUCAUCCUGUGACUGAAGGAGAUACUCUGACUCUACACUGUUUAUAUCAACAUACAACACCACCAAACCUCAGAGCUGAUUUCUAUAAAGAUGAAUCACUCAUCCAGAGUCAAACUACAGAGAUGAUCAUCUCUACUGUCUCAAAGUCACAUGAGGGUUUCUACUACUGCAAACACCCAGAGAGAGGAGAGUCACCCAAGAGCUGGAUCUCAGUCACAGUGUUUCAUUCAGAAUCUCAGAUCUCUGUUCUCCACAUACUCAGUUCUGUACUGGCAGUUUCUCCAUAUUUGUUAGUGACAGUCGUGCUGAUUUUCAAAUGCUGCAGGAUGAGAGUUGCAUCUGUUGAAGAGCAAGAAACUACAAUCUGAUCUUAAUCUGUUGUGAUGGUGAGAAACUUCAGCUUCAUCCUGGAAUCUCUCAGUAUCUCAGUUCAGACUGAACAUGUUUA